GAGCUUUGAUAUACAGAAUAAUUCCGCCUAUGGAUCAGCUGAUGAAAACUAAAUUAAAAAUGGCGCAUGGUGUAACUAUGUUGGUCGUCUUUGCUAUGAUGAUUGUAGCCCUGAAGGCUGCAUUCGACAGUCACAAUCUGAAAACCCCUCCUAUACCAAACAUGUACACUCUUCACAGCUGGAUAGGUCUCACGGCAGCUGUUCUUUUCGGACUUCAGUGGAUUUCAGGCCUUACAGUGUUUUUAUUUCCUAUAGCUGGCCCUAAACUUAGAGCUAACCUACUACCCUUUCAUCAGUAUUACGGAUCCUGUAUAUUCGGUUUAGUGAUUGCUGCAUCUUGGAUGGGUCUUCUGGAAAAAUCUAUUUGGGCGAUAUCUGAUUACUCCAGUAAAACUGGGGAGGGUAUUCUUGUGAAUGUUCUUGGGCUAAUGAUUCUCUUCUUUGGACUCGGAGUUACGUUUAUGCUCUCAAAAUUUGAUAAAACUAAUAAAGAGUUAUAAAGGA